AUGCUUACACCUACAUUUGGGACAUACUGGAGGCUAACAAAAGAGCUUUCAUAUUUAUGCAUAAUUCUAUGCAUCAGUUGCAGCUUUAGAUCAGAGAGCCGAGUGUCGAGUGUUGAUUGCCCGCUUGCUACUCAAGAAGAGUUUCAGAAGCAUUGUGAUUGGCCUGAGAACAAACCAUUUUAUUUGGUGGAGGCAGCUGAGGAGGAUGGUGUCAGUGAUGAUGGUGUUGGUGAUUCGAGUUUUGAUGAUGAUAUGAAGAGUUAG